AUUUAUUUUUUCAAUAUUUUAUCGUCGAAAACACGAAAAAAAUUAAACACCAAUCAACACCAAUGAACAUAACCUCACAAAUAUCACAUCAAUUUAAAAUCGCAUGAAUAUCGUGGUAAUAAAAAGAAACAUUGUGAAAUUCCGAAUUCUAUUUAAUUUAAAAUAAAAAUCAACAUGAAUGUUUGUAGACGAUUGUUUUCAACGCUGAAUAAAUUGUCUGCGCUCCCGAAAAUCCGAACAAUAAAUCAUAGACCGGUGCUAAGCAUAAGUCUGAAUCAAAAAGCUGCCUUUUGCAGUCGAUCCAACGAUGGUGACAACAAAGAUGAAAAACCAAAAUUGGGUCUGCGAAGACGAAAUCUAGAGCCAUAUCCACAUAUCGAUUGUGUCAGAGAACUAAAACUUGAAAAUUAUUUACUCUCCUCUCAUAAACUCGUUAAGUAUGGUGAACACGAAUUUUUGGAGCGAUUUGAUGGAUAUGUAUGUGUGUUUAUAAGUGGAUAUCAUCAUCCACGUAAUCUUGAUACCAAAUCGGGAUAUUCCGUCUAUUUCGGUCCGAAUCAUCCAUUGAAUUUGCAAGGAAGUGUCGAGCGCCGGCAAUCAUUGAAGCAUGCAAAACUAUAUGCCUUCUUGAAAGCAAUGGAACAAAUUCCAAAAGAUUCAUUUAAAAAAUUGUCCAUUCAGAUGGAUGAACUUCCACUGAUUAGGUUCAUCGAUCAAAGCUUACGAAGCAUGAGUGAAAAUUCAUUUCGCAGUGUUCACACCGGCAAAUUAAAUAAGGACGUACAAACAUCCAUGGAAAUAAAUAAAAUUCUUAGAUCGAGACAAGAUCUGACAUUGCAAUUAAUGAUUUGCCCGAAUGAUAUUGGUGUUGAUGGCAUGUACCGUGCAGUAAAAAUGGCAGAACAAGCUGCUGCCACAGCUACAGCAGACGCUAGAAAACAGAAAUGCUAUAAUUUAGAGUAAAUAAAAUCAGAAUAAAAUUAAAUUAAUAAGAA